GGACUGGACUCUCAAACUGCAUGGUCUAUCUGUGCAUUUCUUAGAAAGCUAGCAGAUAGCGGACAGGCCGUUCUCUCAACUAUUCACCAGCCUAGCGCGGUCUUGUUCCAGCAGUUUGACCGGCUUCUUUUCUUGGGAAAGGGUGGAAAGACAGUCUACUUUGGUAACCUAGGGGAACAGCCACAAACUUUGCUUGACCAUUUCGAACGCAAUGGCGCUAGAAAAUGCGAUGCGUCUGAAAACCCUGCAGAAUACAUGUCGGAAAUCAUUGGCGCCGGCGCUGCCGGCUACUCUGUUCUGGACUGGCCAGUAGUCUGGAAAGACAGCCCCGAGGCGCGGGAGGUGGAGGCCGAAUUUCAGCGUAUACACGCAAGUGGAGCUGCUGCUAACGCCCAUUCCAACGAAAGUUUUGGUACUGGUUAUAACGAACAGAGUGAAUUUGCUAUGCCGUACCUCGAUCAGAUUUGGUGUGUCAGACACCGGGUCUUCCGGCAGUACUGGCGUGAACCUUCCUAUAUUGGGGCAAAGUUCAUGCUUGGUAUUGUUUCGGCUUUGUUUAUUGCUUUCUCCUACUUCAAGCCUGGAAGCUCUAUACAGGGGAUACAAAAUCACCUCUUCAGUUCGUUCAUGCUUACAUCAAUCUUCUCAACCCUAGUCCAACAGAUCAUGCCCAAGUUCGUCACUCGACGCUCGUUGUAUGAAGUUUGUGAGCGCCCCUGGGAGACAUACUCUUGGGUAGCAUUCAUUGUCUCGAACAUAUUGGUCGAGAUACCAUACCAGGUGUUGCUAGGGCUUUUGGUCUGGGCCAGUUACUAUUACCCCAUCUAUGGGGCGAAUCAGAGCUCUCAAGUGCAGGGAAUGAUGCUUCUUUUCGUGAUUCAAUUCUUUGUGUUUACCUCAACAUUUGCCGAGCUUGUCAUCUCAGCAUUGCCAGAUGCUGAAACAGGAGGAACUGUCGCAACAUUGGCAUUUGCUCUCAUCUUGACAUUUAAUGGAGUAAUGCAGACCCCAACUGCACUCCCCGGGUUCUGGAUUUUCAUGUACCGCGUUUCGCCGUUGACAUACUUGAUUGCAGGCAUAUGCGGAAAUGUGACUACACUCUCAAGCUGUACAUUGCUCCCAAGCGGAGCUAACUGUAUUCAGCCCACCUCAAGGCCAGACGUGCGGUCAAUAUCUUACAGACUGGCUGAUGGUCGCUCCCGGGCAAUUGUACAACCCUGCAUGGCCUUGAGUGAUAUAUGUAUGUUAUGCCCUCUUCUCCCAAGAGAAUACACCGUCGAACGUCUUCACCUAUUUGUGGUAAAACCCCGUUCUAACUUAACCUGUGAUUCAGAUUAUGAUGAAAGAUGGCGCAAUUGGGGCCUUGGGUGGGUUUACAUUUGUUUCAAUAUCGCGGCGGCCGCAACCUUAUACUAUUUCGUGUCUGCCAUUAUAAGCCCACGCUACUCAUUCGAACUCUUCACGCCUGUGGAGGAGUUCUACACAGACUUUUCAGGAGACGAUCAGGCAAGACACCCUAGGCAGAGAAGAUCAUAA